AUGGAAGCGCAUGUUGAGGAGUUAGAAGAUGUAACGGAAAGCUUGGUGAUGGAAAACACGCAGAAUGCAGAUGAUUCGUUUCUAAAUCCCUCACCUGUACUUCUGAAAUCGGCUAAGAAAUUGUCAGAGAGGAACUCUCGCACACCAUUAACUAAAAAGUUACUGAAAAGUCCAGUUAUACAAUUUUCUAACCCAGGAACUCCUCUGAGCACUUUCAGACCGAAAAGAAAAUUUGAGAAUGUUAUAAACACUCCUCGUGAGAGAAGGAAAAGUGGGAAUAGCAAGGGUGGUAAACUAAAUAAAACUGAUUUUAAUUUCUGCGGUAUUCCUCGGGAUGUUCAGAACACUUACUGUACUAAAAAGAAAAUAACCAAGCUUUAUGAAUGGCAAGAAGAUUGCUUAUCCGAUCCGAGAUUGUUGAGAGGUAAUAACGUCAUUGUUUCUCUACCCACGGGAGCUGGAAAAACUUUGGUGGCUGAGAUUCUGAUGCUUCGUGAAGCGACUGUAAGAAGAAAAUCAUCAAUCCUUGUUUUACCUUAUGUUGCUAUCGUUCAAGAGAAGAUAACUUCUCUUCAGUUCUUUGAAGACGAUUUUCACGUCCAUAUCGAAGAGUAUGCUUCAUCAAAAGGACGAGUUCCUCCUAUCAAGAGAAGGAAUCGAAACUCUGUCUAUGUGGCUACUAUAGAGAAAGCGAAUAUGAUAAUCAACUCCCUCAUCGAAACAAACCAAAUGGAUAAGAUUGGAUUAGUUGUCGUUGAUGAACUUCAUAUGCUGGGUGACGGUAGAAGAGGAGCUCUGCUGGAACAACUUCUUUUCAAAUUUCUACAGAAGGGCAGUGGCCAAAUCGUUGGGAUGUCCGCUACGCUUUCGAAUAUGCCUCAACUGUCAGAUUUUCUGAAAGCAUAUGUUUAUACGACUGAGUUUCGACCGAUUAAACUGAAUGAAUUCAUGAAAGUGAACAACACUCUCUACCGUGUCUUACCAGGAGGUCGAACAGUUGUCGAGAGAGAUUUCAAAGUUGAUCCAAAGACCGCUCAACAGGAUCCUGAUGGUAUCCAGUUGUUCCUUAGAAAGGUUUUGCCUGACAAAUCGGUCUUGAUUUUCUGCCCUUCGAAAAAGAAUUGUGAAAACGUUGCCCAAAACAUUAGAAAACUUCUACCUUCAGCAAUAAGGCACAAGCGCUUGGAAGAUAAACAGAAGCUGGUGAAUGCCAUUAAAGCGGAUAAUGAUGGAAAAAUUGAUCGUGUACUAGAAGAGAUCAUUCUAGCUGGAAUCUCUUAUCACCAUUCAGGAUUGACUCAUGAGGAACGAAAACAUGUUGAAGCCGGAUAUUGCGAAGGCAUUUUGAAUAUACUCUGUUGUACUUCUACAUUAGCUGCUGGAGUCAACCUUCCUGCCAGACUUGUGAUUAUCAAGUCACCUCAUGUUGGAAUAGAAUUCAUAAAGAAAUCUCAAUAUCUUCAAAUGAUCGGUCGGUCAGGGCGUGCAGGUUUUGAUGAUGAAGGAGACAGUAUAACGAUAGUUAAACCAGCUGAUGAAAGAAAGUUCCGUGAACUUCUUCUGAGUGAUAUUCCCUCUUGCAAUAGCCCCCUCUUAGAUCAAAGUCUACUGUCAGCUUUCAUUUUGGAUAUUGUAACUCUCAACAUGGCCGAUUCUAAAGAAGAAUUAAUGAAUGUAAUCCAGGAUACUUUACUCUAUAUUCAACAGGGAAAAGAAGAAUGCGAGAAGUUAAUCGACGAAGCUUUGACUUAUCUCAAGAAUCAAGAGUUGAUUGUGAAUCCAAACAAAAAAAUCAAAGCCACAGAACUGGGAUUAUCUGCGUUCAGAGCAAACUUCCAACCAGAAGAAGUUGCUGAGCUGACAUCAAAUUUGAAAGAGGCAUUGAAUAAGGGUGUUGUGUUCUCAUCUUGCUUUCAUCUUCUAUAUGUCAUAGCUCCAUAUGAUAUUGAAUGUGACAUAGAUUGGGAUCUAUUCUACAAAGAGUACAAAAACCUCACAAGCUCUGAGAAAUUACUCUUGAAAACAAUGGGAAUUCCUGAACAUGUUAUUCUGAAAAGGAUCCAGAAGAAGGAACGCAUGAGAGCGGGAGAGCCUCCGAUGAGAUUAUACAUAGCGCUUAUGCUUCAAAAAAUUUGGGAACAGAAAGCCUGCUGGGAGGUUUCCGAACUUUUUGGUGUCGAUAGAGGCUGGCUUUCACAAACCCUACAAAGUUCAAUUUGUCAGGCUGCAUCUAUAUCAAAAUUCAGCGAUACUCAGAAAGACCUCUGGCCUAUGAAGUUACUUCUCCCUGAACUUGUAAAAAAGCUAUCCGAUUGUAAGAAUACCGAAAUGAUUCCAUUACUAUCUAUAAAUGGAGUUAAACGCGCACGAGCACAACAGCUUUAUUCUGCAGGUUAUAGAACAGUGAACGAUAUAGCAAAGAUGACGACCUCAGAUAUGAUGUCUGCUUUGAAAACCGCAAUAAGAAAACACGAAGCUCAAAAGAUUAUUAACAGUGCUAAAGCGUUAGUUCGAGAUCAGAUAGACGAAAAGUUUGAAGAAUUAGAAGAAUAUGGACUCACCAUUAACGAUAUUAAAUAG